AUGGCACGUUUGGCGGUUGCGGCGAAGUUGGUUGCGGGAGGUGAACACAAUGACAACAGCGCUGGGUUGCGCAGAUCGCCUCGCAAGAAGGCAAACACUGUACGAAAACAGACCAGAGAGCUGUCGCCAGAACCGACUCCGCGGUCAAGUGAACCGGCAGCUCGGAAAACAUCGCGAACCACCACCAAUGCUGUGAGGAAAACAGCAAAGUCGGCAGCCACUUCAGGACUCCAAGAGAUUAGUCUGCCGUACACCAGCGACGUGGAGGAAGUCGAGACAGUCAUCAGCAGUGCGCAGCGACUGAGAGCACGGCCACCGCCGAGCGACAUUGAUGCGAUUGCUUCUGAGCUGGACAGCCUUUCUCUUACAAGUAGGGACGGCCGCAAAGGACAUUCGCAGCGACGUGGCGUCCAGGCAGUGAAAGUGCGGUCACAGCAACACUACACUAGCCGCUUUGUAUUGAAGGAAGCAGAUUGUGUGGACGACUAUUCCGAUACAGCAGAGAAUGAAGACGAAGACACAGACCUCAGUGGGUUCAUCGUCGACGAUGAUGCUGAGCUGAGCUUUCACCAGACGGCUGAAGACAGUUCCGACACUGAAUACCAGGCAAAGCCACCAACAAAGCCACGACGUCGUCUUCAGCGUGGACGCCGGACGAUCAUUGACUCGGAGUCGGAUAAGGAGAAUGACUCUGAAGCGGAGCUGGCAGGCGCACUGAACAAUUUACGUGUUGGCGAGAAUCGGAGAACAAAUGCUGGCAAGGCAACGCCGGAAGUCAUCGACCUGACUUCACCGUCGCCAGUGAUUUCGAAAGUGGGUCCUGGCUCCCGACCCCCUCCUAUGGGCGAUCCAUUUUCUUCCGAUAGUGGAGACGAUGUCGAGGCUGGUGGCGACUCGACCUUCCCACAGAAGCUGCCCUCCCUUUUCGAUUCACUUCUGCGACUCUCGCCCCCAAAAUCUUCAGAUUCUGCUGUUCCUUCUGCCCAUCCAGAAUUGUCUCCAAAGAGGCAUAUGAACGAUAGGACUGGUAGUGCCAUUGUAGAACAGAGACCUCAUACGCCGACUGGGCCGCGAACACCACCUCGCCUGAAGUCUCCAUCAAAACUUCUGUCUCCAUCGAAGAAGAAAGGCAACCUCCGCUCUCCACAUCGUCAAUCCACCGACGCAUUCUGGGACUUGCAUACAGUUAACGACUGGGUCGACAUCAACAGCCCUAAGAAAGCACCAAUCGAUUCACCACGAAAGAAUCCUCUUGCUCGUUUCGCAAUCUGGUCCGACGGAGACGAGAUGGUUGGCUACAACUCCUCCUCCUCUUCUCCUCCGAGCCCAUGCGCUUCACCUACUAAGCCUCUUGCGUCACCUGAGAAGGCGGCUCAAGCAGCACGACUUGCAGAGAAGCGAGCUGAGAAAGCCAAGCGCGUUGCCUUUGAUGCAAUCAAGGAUAAAGUCGCGAAUGAUCUCCUAACUUACCUCGACAACAAUAUCACGGGAGGCAAGCUCAAACAAGCGAGCGCUUCCACAGGCGGCGUCCGCAUCAUUUGGUCAAAGACUCUGCGCACAUGCGCAGGUCGCGCCAAUUACCUCAAAAAGGUCCAGCCUGGCAUCGCGCCAUCGCCACCAUCAAGUCCGAGAAUGGGCGCCAGAGUCAUCACCAAAGACGAAAUCGUCGCAGCUUCCCCCACCAAGUCAGUCGUCCACUAUCAUCUCAACAUCGAGCUCGCUGUCAAGGUCAUCGAUCGCGAAGAACGCAUUGUCAACACUCUAUCUCACGAGUUCUGUCACAUGGCAUCCUACAUCAUCAGCAAGCAACUGCAGGAUCAGCACGGACCCGACUUCUGGUUCUGGGCCAAUCAAGUCGUUGCAUGCCUGCGCAACGCUGUUGUUCCUGUCCCUGACACCACCAAUAUGUUCACCAUUACCAACAGUUCCGACUACGCUCCCACUCCACGCCCCUCCUGGCGCGAUGUCGAGAUCACUACCUGCCACAACUACAAAAUCGACUACAAAUAUGUCUGGGUCUGCAUUGGCCGCGAUCCGCAAGUCUUUUCUGCUGUUCAAGAAUACCUCAACAUCACCCCCAACCCGGCUGCGCAGGGAUGUGGCGCUAAGUACGAACGGCACAGCAAGAGUCUCGAUACCGAGAAGUCGCGUUGUGGCACGUGCAGAGGUUUCUUAGUUCAGGUCAAACCUUUCCCGCGCAAGACGAGCCCGAAGAAGAAGAUGGUCGAUAACUUCAAGAUCACGAAGAGAACCGAGAGCAGUGGUAGCGAGAAGGAGCGCGGCCUCAGCGGCAGCAGUCAGGGCAGCUUGGGAGGUGUUUUGGAUGCUAUGGUCGACGUGAUCGACCUCAGCGACUGA